CAAAGAUGGCGGACGUUGCAGAUCCGAAGGAGCAAAGAGUUUUGCGGGUUAACCAGGUACGUUUAUUAGUCAUUUAUUUUUAUCUAUAGUCUUUCAGCCACUCAUUGUUAUAUGAGAGAGUAAUUGAGUAAACUGAACGCUAUUUGUAGUUGGAUGCAGCUCAACUAGAUGAAGAAAUUAUCCACCUUUUGCGGACUCAACUGAACAGAGCAUUCCAAUAUUUUGAGGUAUUGUUUUUUUAAGGACAGUAUACAAUUUACUAUCAUUUAACGUAAUUCUUAAGUGGGGUUUUGACAUUUUUCCGAAAAUUUUCCGUCAAAUUCCCUGCGCGCGGGCAAAUCAUUCCAGUCAGAUGCACAGAAAUUUUCAUACCCCGGGCUGCACAUGGUUGCCUUUGAGUUAAGUUUUACCUGUUCUGGUUUCUAGUAAAAACAAUAACUGACAUCUUCUAUUGAAGUUUAACAACUGUAUCAAAAUACUUUAGUCCUGCACAGCAUUGUAAAACAUUUCCAAACUUAAGUAUUAACCUUAUACUGAGUUCAAUCUAAAUUAUAGAAUAUCCACUAAUGGCCCUGUGCCAUUGUCAAUUAGUACACGUCUGGGGAAGAAAGAGUCAAAUAUCCCCUCCCCUGGGAAAAAGUCCCAACCCAGGGCCAACAUUGACAAUGAAAUCCUCACCCUAGCCCUGCCUCCCCCCUUUUUGGUCUGUGAUAGGUCAGGAUUUGGAGAACCUGAGAGCACACCCCCACCAGGAAAGCCCCCCUUCCCCCCAGGUCAUCACCCUGUAGAUUAGCUUCCUCUUGCACUCUGUAUGUUAGCGCUCUGCAAUCUAUAAUUAUUUGUUUAUUUCUAUAAUUAUUUCUUUAUUAACCACUGCUUUUGUAAGAGGGUGUAAGUUAUUCUGCAAUGGAGUGUAAUGCACAAUGCAGCAAUGCAGCAUGGUGGCUGGAUUGUCAAUUUUGGUGGUAAAAAAAAUGAGAAUAAGAGAAUGCCUUUUUGCACUAGGCUGGCGUGUUAACGAAAUAUGAAGCUGAACUGAAUGCUGUUCUACGAUUUCUUGUGUGGAGGGUGAGUAUACUGAACCCUUUACCUGCCAAGAUCUGAUAAGAGAUUCUCCUUUUUGGCUGGUAUAGAUUUUAUUGUGCAUUAGCUUAGAGAAUUUGGGUUUAAAUCAAAGCACAUCCUCUGGCUGCUACAUUUGCUUUUUUCUUAUCACCUUCCUGCCAUAGAAUGUCUUGGAUACAUGUAUUAUACUGGAGAAAUUAGAUGGCAAUCAAUCUGGAGGUUAAAGGUCUUAGCUCAAAAACUACAUACAUACAUGUAGAUGUUCAGGUCCAAGUUUUGGUUUGAAUUUGUUUCUGUUGCUUCAAAGUUAUUAUCAUUAUAUUGUCUUAUGUCAAAACAAAAGAAAUAAAUAGACGAGCCACAAUUAAAAUUUAGUCACAUCAUAGAUUUUAUGACUCUGUAGUAUGCUUGAAUAACCUCUCGGAUCAGAUGUGGUUGUAUGCAAGUUGAUAAAAAAACCAUGGUUAUUGAAGCAGAAAGCUUAGGUCUGAUAGCUGAUCAUCCUAAUAAGUUGCAUGGACUAAGAGUGCAAGGCAUCAGUUUGCCAUGAUAUCUCCUUAGUUGCCAGCCAUUUUUGUCCUUGUCAAUGUCAGGACUGUGCUCUAGCAGAGCCAGGAGAUUGCUUACUGUUUGUCUUGGGUGAAUAGAAAAUCUCAGUGUUUUGCAUAGAAAUGGGCACCCUUUAUUUCAUAGGUUCUGAGUAUUUCUAGGGCUCCCCACAGGUUUUCUUAGAACACAGCCCUGAAGAUGCUUUCUGCCUGCCUUUGCUAGAAACUUAUGCCCCCUCAUGUUCCUUGCAUUCUGCGACAUCCCCAAAUCCUUCACUUCCACCUAUGGGGUCCGAGCUUAUCAUUUGCUGCCCCCAAACUUUGUAACAACCUGCCAGUAAAUAUUUAGAACAACGAGUUCCUUAGAUUCUUUUAAAAGGAAGCUUAAGACCCAUCCCUUUCAGGAUGCAUUCUUAUAGCAUUUCUUAGAAUUUUUAUGGCAGUUUUAGCAUUGUAGAUUUCCAAUUUUUUAAUAUGUCAAUUGAUUGUAAUUGAAGGCCAUGAUAGAUUUUUAUUUCUGUAAACACAUUGAGGCAAUGCAUAAUGCAUUCCAAAAACUGUAAUGAUAAUAUUAUUUAUUUUUGUUAUUAUUAUUAAAAGGAGGUUUUCUAUCCUGCAAUGAUGUUGCCAAGGGUCUAGGGUCUACUAAAAGCUGAUGCUAAAAAGCAACAAACAAUAAUCUCUUUUUACAUUCAUCAGUUUUCAAGGUUGGGUGAGUGUGUACCUAGCUGUGGUCUAAAAAAAACCCUUUGAUUCAGUUUUCAGUUUACAACUGUGAAGCCACUGUCGGCCAGAUAAUGCUUAAUAUGAAGUAUAGCUCAACAGGUAAGAGAUAAGAAUUGUUACAUUUAUGAAACUCAAGAUAGAAUGUUGGAACCUUUAUUUAAGUGUCAAAGUAUUUAUAUAAAUUAUUGGGGACUUUAAGAAAGCUAUACUAUUAAAAUGCUUUUAAAAACAAAGUGAAUAUUUACAAAGGUAGAAUACUUAGUUUGAUUUUACUUAACCCUUGAAUAAGGUAGCAGACUACUACGCAGUUGUUAUGCACUAAUUCCAUUGUCUAUCACUCAUUUUUGUUUACUUGUAGCAAUUUGGCAUUGGUUGUUAGUAUCUGUUUCAUUGGUUAAGGAAAAUCACUCUAAGAAAACCUACACUACUUGUUAAGCUUCAAAAGUGAAUAUUUACAAUACUAAGAUUUUUAAUAAAAAUGUCUUUAAAUGAAGAAUGAUUGUUGCAGUUGUGAAUGCAAUUGCGUAAGAAGCCUGAAGAAAAUUCAGGACUUCAAUGGGAUUUGAACCCAUGACCUCAUGAUACAAUAUUGUGAUGCUCAUUCUUCAUUUGAUUUAAUUUGCGCAGUUCUUAUAUAUAACUUAUUUCAUAUACAUUUGUCAGAAAUAUGUCUUUGUUAGCUGUGUCUCUAGAGGGCACAGCUUUUGCUUUUAAGAGGCACGAACAUGAACUCUAUUAAAUGCUCAGCAAAAGAAGAAAAUGGGAGAAGAAAAGUGAAAGGAGUGAAGUGGGAGAAUGCAAGGGGAAAAGAGUGCUCCCUGCACUUAGAAAGCAGACAAUAAAAAACAAAAGCCAUCAUAGAUCUCAACUUGUAUAUUAGGUUUUGGGUAGUUUUGCUUCUCUCUGGCAAGAUAGUGGACAGAAAAUAGGGUGUUUUGGCAAAAUCUCUUUUAUCUAUAGUAGCAGAUGAGUUCAGGCAUACAAAUGGCAUUGUGAAAAGUACUUAUGGGUUUGGUGCCUGAAUAUUUUUCAAUGUCUUUAACCUGUUGCAUUAAUUUUAUUUACUUCAUUUGGUGAUUACACCUUCUACAAUCCUUAGAAGCUAAGGUUAUGUGAGUAAUGUUAGGUCAUUGUCAUAAGUCCCGAUUGUACUUAACCAAAGAAAUUAACCUUCUAUCCACAGGACGCAGUUUAUCUUUGUUACAGAAACUGUUCGUUGGUUUCUGUGUUGUGGGAGUACCUUACAUCAGAGAGAGGAGUACUGAGAUCAGAAGAAUCACUGACAAAGUAUCUGACUUCAAUUUUGUGAGUGAAUAACGUCAUAAAUAGUUGACAUAGUUGAGAUAACUAUGUAGCUUUGAAAGUCUAGGAAAGUCAAAUGGGGAGCUACAUUAAACCUAUUUGAAAUUUCCCUGUGCAAAAUCUUUAGACUUCAUUUACUUAUUAAAGCCCAAAAAAGGGACCAAUUUAAUUCAUAGAGAUGCUUGAAACUUUCUGCUUUUUUCCUAUUCAAUUUGGCAGUUGUGCGACAAAGAAACACUUGUGCACGCAAUGAAAAUGCUUGCAUAAUCUUCAUCUCUUUUAUGAAAAUAUGAAUGUGACCAGUUGAAAACCCAGUGAGAUUGGCAAGUCAUAAGAGCAUGAAGGAAUUUGACAAACAGUAAUUGCUUUUUAUUGAAAACUAUUAGAAGUUGUUAGAAGAGCAUAAUCUCUUUGGCUAUAAUUGUAAAAUGUGGUUGAUUGAACAAUUGUUUGCUUAUAGUAUAAAUUAUUGUCAAAAAGACAACUGCAAGGACUGAUCAAACAACGUGAAUAGACUGUAGUUACGAUAUUUCGAGUGGCCAAUACCAAUCUUCAUCAGGUUUAUUGGGAAGAUCACGAAAUUACAGAAAUAUUUUUGCAGUGCUACAAUGGGCGGAAGUGACGUAGUUGUUUUUCUACUUGAAAAAUAUAAGAUAACAGAGAAAGAGAAACAAAUUAAGAUAUGUUAUAUACUAAAUAUAGAGGCGAAUUAUAAAUCAUCAUUAUUAAUUUAGACUGAUCGUGUUCUGUGAGCAAGAUUGAUCGUACACGGUUUUUUGCAGUGGCUUUGUACCUUUAAUUUUCAUUCUAGUCUAUCUAUAGUUCACAAAACCUAAUUUUGGUUACCAUGAAUCCCCUAUUUAGCCCCCGUCGGGGGGCUUGUUUAUUUUAAACACAUUUGGCUUAAUAGAGACGGGGGGCUUAUUUAAGAGGGGGGUGGGAGCGGGUAUUUAAUUUAGACGAUGGUAUUAGUUCUCCGUAGAAAUCCAAAAUGCAAGUUGGAAGAGCUCAAGUACAGGAUCAGUCCACACGAAGUUUUACAGUCAAGAUUGAUUAAUACAGUCUUUUAUAAGAAGGGGGGAGGGGGGCUUAAAAGAAAGGGGGGGCUUAUCAACUUUCUUCCCUUGAAAUAGGAUGGGUGGGGGGGGCUUAUUAGAGAGAGGAGGCUUAUUUGAGGGGGGCGGGGGGGUUAAUAGAGGAUUUACAGUAUGUUUGUUGUUCGUUCUUGCCCUUGCUUAUUCCAGGCACUCUCCGCAAAAUACAGCGUCUUAGUUUUUUAAUUCAAUUUCAAAUUUGAAAAGAUUAGAUAAAAAAAAAACUAUUUUAUGUUUUCCUAAAUCGUUGUUAUGGGGUUCCAAGGUAUACUCUAAUUGAUAUAUUGAUAUUAAAAGCUAUUUCCUUUUGACAUUAUACUAUUUAACUUACUGUAGUUCUACGUGCUUUAACUGUGGUUGUAAUAUACAGUCAUGAUUAUCUUUCUGCUCUUUACUUUUGUUAUAGAUCUGGACAUGCAUUUAUGCUGGAGAAAAGCUGCUUCAUGUUUUGUCUGUCCUAAACUUUCUUGUAUUUCUUCAAAGGGGAAAGUAUCCUUUUCCUGAUUAUUUUAAUUACACAAUUGCCUUUAGUUUUUCAUUUACUUUUAGUGAGAAGAUUUGCUCAGUAGCUCUCAAUUCUCACCUCAGGAUUUCAUAAACAGACUGAGAGGUUAGAUUCACCUCAUAUGGCAUAAUUAUUGGGAAUUGGUUCGUGUUUAGCGUUCAUAUAUCGAGUUUUGGAUUCACGAGGGAAACGGAUUGGAGAGCACGAAAGAAGCGAAACAGUUCCCGGCUAUGCCUCGAGCAAUUCUUAUUAGGGAACUUAAGCAACUACGACGGCAAGCCGAGGGCAGCGAAAGCGUCACUUAGAACUAGAAUUCGCGCUGUUUCAAACUUCAUCGCUACAGUUCUACUUCGUUCAAGUUGUUAAAUAUGGGCGAAUUUUUCCGAAGUUAAUCCUAAAUGACUUUAUCCAAGGUCAGAAACAGGAAAAAGGAAAUCGUUGUCUUGUGUUCACGUCCACCAUAACACGUGAAUUUAAGAAGUUUCAAGUCGUAGUCGUGCGAGGAGGGCAAAGAAAUGUACAAAAAAGCGUGAUGCACGUGCAAAGUUGUUUUUUUGCUUGAAUCUUAACCUACUGCUUUUUUGCCGUUCUCGUUGCCGUCGCCGUCGCUGUCGUGGUUACUUAAAGCUCCCCAUUGACCCAGUAAGACGGUCUCAAUUGAAAGUAAAGCCCCCCCCCCGGAUAUUUUUUUAAACGGAGAUUUUUUUUCUCCGUUCUAGCCUUCCGUUCUCGCGUAAACGGUGUUUUGGAGCACCUAAAACGCAUUAAAAAUGGUCCCCAGAGUGGAGAUUUUUAAAAAUGCCUGUUUCUCAUUUAUACGUGUGGACGGACGAUAACGGAGAACAGCAUGAUGUCAUACAUCAUAUACCACUAGCAUUACGCAUGCUCUGUAAGGGAUGCUAUCGUAUUUCCAUCGUUUUAGCGUUCUUACGCGAACGGGCGAAAACGAUUCAAAUACGCUACGUGUGGACGCCCCCUUUUUUUGAACGAAGAAAAAAAUCGCCGUUUUCAAAAAUAUCCGGAUACGUGUUCACGGGGCCUAACUCUUCAAUAACUUUCGGUAUUGUCGUGUACGCUUUUACGCCGUUAUACAAUGAACGGCCUUUCUCGAAUUGAUCAGUAGUAUGUAUAUUGAAGGCCACUAAAAAGGUCGUUCUAAAUCAAAUCACUCAGAAGUUUGAUUCUUAAUAACUGUUUGAGAUAUCCGUCAAUACUUGAGCGUAUUCUUGGCAUUCAUCCGGUGUUUGCCCAGCGGCAGUCUGUUAGACAAGUCAGUUUUGAAUUUAUGACGAGAGAGUUGCUAUGGCAUGGAUUUGCGGUAAGUGUAUUUUUACUGUUUAUUUAAAGAUGGUACCUUCAGCCCUUUUGAUAGAAAAGGAGGUGGGUUAGGGUUGGGGUGGGGGUAUUAACUAGUGUUUUGAGGAGGCCGUAGGCAGCUUGGCCGAGUAGCUAGCCUGAAGGACUGGUAAUUCGGAGGCCCCCAAUGUCAAGUCCCGCCCUGACCGCGAGCUGGAUUUGUUCUCUGUAGUCCCGGGUUCAGGUCCUCGGAAACACUUGAAAAAUAGCCUACUGGUUCUCCUCCUACCGGUUGGAAUUCUUAACCCUAUUAUGUUCCAUUUGAUCAUCAUCCCUGAAAAGCCGCAUAAGAGAAAAGGAUUCUCGUUUUUAUCUUUUCAUCUUUUCUAGUAAAAUCCGUUACCAUUGUUAUUUAUUUACCUUUGAGCUGUACGUUCGCCUUUGCAACACGUAUUCAAUUGAAAAAAUGACCCAGUGCUUCUUUCUUUGCCAGGAAUUUGUGUUCUUUCUUCUUCCGCUUAUCAACGUUCCAAAACUCAAGAACAUGAUAGUAAGGCAGUUCUCACGCCCUGUCUCUCUUGAUAAGCAGCCGUCAAUCAAAGUCGCCUGCCACGAGUGUGGAAUCUGCAAUGAGCCACCCACUUCACCGCACCAGGGUCAGUGCGGGCAUGUUUUCUGCUACUACUGCAUAAAGGUAAAGUACAAUCUCCUUGUUCUUUGUUGUUUUGCUGUUGUUUCGCCGCCCCCCCCCCUCCCCGUGGGAGUACUCCCUUAUAUAAGCCAUAGAGGUCUGUGCCGCCCCCAAGGGUAGUGGUCUUGCGGCGCUUUGGUCUGAAAACGGGUAUAGACUUUUCCUAUUUUGGUCUGAAAUCGGGUAUGGUUUUCGAGGGAACUACGGCAAGUAUAUGAACGUAUUUACCAUUUCAGUUCCAAAUGACUAAGAAAGAAAGAAAAAUAUGCAAAUUCGAAAUGGAUUUUAAGAAAUCUUUUUUGUUACUGUUUUAUUCUAAGUAAUGGUGACAAUAUUUCUUAGAGGCCAGGUCUGAACAUGGGUGUGAAUGAGGACAUUUUUUGGGUCUGGAAUAGGGUCAGAAAUUGGACAACGGGGCAGCACACCCCAACCAAAAAUUCCCAGGAGUACCCCUCCGGUUUCGCAGUAUAUAAGGAUAUCCAAUACAGUCUUGGAUUCUGGAUUCCACCGCGCGUGGGUUCCGGAAGUCAGGUACUGGAUUCUGGAUUCUUUCUCUGUGGAAUUUGGAUUCCUGGUAUUCCGGAUACCACAAGCAAAACUUUCUUGGAUUCCGGAAUCCGGAUUACCUUAGAUGGGGCGAUUUCUUGCUUUCUCACCCAAUCCUCAUAACUGUUCCGAGAGCUUUCUUGCGGCCCGAAACUCUGCCAGUUUAUGAAGAAAAAACCCCUAGGCCAUGGUACGAGGAGGAUAUAUACCGUCUGAAUUAACUCCUCGAGAGGCACCUCCUGGGAAUUAGAAGAAAACGUUGUUUAUGGGGUAGCAUGCAAACAAUCUCUUCGCGGGCGUGAAAUAAUUGUGCGGCUGGCGCCGGUCAAGUUCUCUGGUCCAACUCGUUUUUCGCCGCACAAAUAGGUGGUUUUCAUGCAAUCUCGGGAGACACAAAUAACAAUGGUGAAAUGAACAAAGCAACCCUCUCACAACGCGCGCCACUCCCUCUCGCCCCUCCGCGUGUGAUGUAGAUAUUGAUGUAGAUGUAAGUAUAUUUAGUAACCUCUUAUUGUACAUGAGCAUUGUCUAAAAUCAGAGAAGGUGAUUUAAAAUUUCAUUUAGAAGCCUAAACUACUGGACAAAGUAUCCAGUCAACAAGGCUAUGACAAGACAAAGCCGACUUUUGAAAGAACAAUGUCCGUUGACCGGCUGUUAUUUCAAGCCCUGCUUCCAUGGCAGAUAAGUGCGCGCGCAAGGGAAUGUUGCAUUAUCAUUGCCUAGUCCCAUUCUCCUUCGCGGAGGUUCCCGCUGGGUUUGCCGAUGAAAAUAGCAGAGGCCUCUGAGCUGCGGAGCAAAAAAGCCUAGUCCAUGUCCUUGUACUGUGUCUUCUCAGGCCUUCAUGGCCAAUGCAUUUUCGGUGACGUAUCUGGAGCUCGGACCACAUGACCCGAAACGCAUUGGCCACGCGCAAUAAUGAGGUGUAGGGACCACAUUAGACAAGUAUUAUCACAAAAGUUAAAACACUGUGUGCGCUUACUGAUCACGGGGGUGGGGGUGGGGGAAGUGCUGAGGACAAAGGCAUCGCGUUGCCUCACAACGUUUAAGUGGAAAAAUGCUUGAGGUAAAAUCCCCUUUUGUUCUAAAAAUGAUAAAAACAAGUCGCAACAUCCUCUAAUACCAGAGAGGCUUCCACAUUUUUUUUGUUAAUUAAACCACAUUAUUUCAGGCCAACAGUUUAGCGGACUCCUCCUUCCCCUGUCCGUUAUGCGGAGUUGCGGUUGGUGACGAUAUCACCCCUGUUGAAUGCACAGUCGCUUUGGAAGUCACGUGAACAUUUCCGCAACAAUCAGACCGAUACGAAGAUUAGUAUCGAUUCGAUACCGACAACACGAUUCGAUACUUGGUAUACAGUGUGUAUCGUCUCCCGCCUUGGUACAGGCGAGCUGAUAGCUGGAAUAAUCCAGGAGAAAUUACGCGAAAGGGACGUGAACAGCGAGCCACGCACGCCGCUAUUGUCUUAACUCGCCGCAUGUGUCAACAAGGGCAAAAAGAAGGAGCUAGCACCGUCGCUUCUAGAAUCAGAUACUGGAUCAAUGAAAAAACCGACCUCUAAAGAACAGUAUAGGGAAGGCACUUCUUUGGCUUCCCAGCUGCCUUCCUCGACGUCAGUAUGAAUUUGCAUGUCACGAAUAACCGUAUUGUUAAUGUUUCCCAAGGAAAGACGGGCAUGAGUAGUUGUUUUAAGGAAAUUAAAUCAAAGAGAACAUCAAAUCUGCCUUCAACCACGUUUGAAUGGGUGCCCGCAAUGCACGGAGCGGAGCAUUUGCCCUUUAAGUUAUUGAAACAUCGUCCGUGAGGGGAAUGGGGUAUUUAGAGAAAAGAGACCGACAGAAUUUGCCUCAGAACUCCAAUGCCGCAGGCAGCGGGGCAUUUGCCCUUGCCGUUAUUGAAACAUCGACCAUGAGGGGAACAGGGUACUUACAGAAAAGAGACCGAUAGAUACUUUAUCAAAGAGAAAAAUCGAUCACUUGGCCUUGGGAAAAUUUUGGCU